AUGUCUACUACAAAGACAAUUAAGUAUCCAUCUGGACUUUGCAUCAAUAGAACAUUUGAUGAUAGCAGCGAAACCUGGGCAAUUGACAACCAAGCCUUAUCUAUUGCCGAAUUCACUCUUGAUAUUGGGAAUAGUAGCAACUGCACACUUGACAACGCUCCUGGAGAAACAACCCAGACAGUAGUGGUGCCUUCUCAGCAGCAAAAUGAUGAGAUCCAUAUUACUAAGACUCUCCCUUGGUCUUUCUCUGCAAGAUUUAGCUUGUCUGAAACUCCACUCUCACUCGAAGAACAAAAGAAGGCUUUAGACCAAUUCAAAGUUGAAUGGAAUGAAAAAGUUGAAGCCUCUGAAAAAAUCUUCAAGAAAAUCCCUUACGAAGUACUCACACAACAGCAAAUAGCAGACGAAAUGGUAAAGCUUGGACAAAAUAAUUUUAUUGACCCUCAUUUCCCUCCCAGAGACACUAGUUUGUACAAUGUUGUGGAAGAUCAGUAUCCAUUUAACUUCGUGAUCCACUGGAGAAGGCCCCAUGAGUUCAUGGACAACCCUGUCGUGUUCGAAGACGACAUCGAUCCAAACGACAUCAGACAGGGAUCUCUUGGAGACUGCUGGUUCUUAUCUGCACUUUCCUCUCUAGCUGAAAGACCGGCUAUGGUCAGAAGACUUUUCGUCACUCAAAAAUACAAUAAAGAGGGGAUUUAUCAAAUCAGAAUGUGCAAAAACGGAGAAUGGGUCAUUGUCACUGUUGACGACUACAUCCCUUGCAGAUAUAAAGGAGGCCCAAUGUUUAGUAGAGGAGCAGGAAACGAACUCUGGGUGAUGCUUGUUGAAAAGGCUUAUGCUAAACUUCAUGGGAGCUAUCAAGCUUUAAGUGCUGGGUUCACAAAACAUGCCAUGGUGGAUCUUAGUGGAUGACCCACUGAACAUAUUUCGUUUCCAAGAGAUAAAGAAGACUACGAAGAUAUUGAAGAGGAAGCUGAAGAGAUCUAUGAAAAAUUACUCGAAGCUGACGAAGAAGGAUACCUCAUUUCUACAGAAACAUCUGGAGUUGAUACAAUCACAGAAGGUGAUGGUCCUGGAGCUGGGGCAGGUCUUGUCUCAGGACACGCUUACAGUAUCAUCCAAGUCAAAGAAGGAUUGGGUGUUAAACUCCUUAACAUCAGAAAUCCUUGGGGACAAUUUGAAUGGAAUGGUGCAUGGGGAGAUAACUCUGAAGAAUGGACAGAAGAAAUGAUAGAAGAAUUUGAACCUGUUCUUGAUGCUAACGAUGGUUCAUUCUGGAUGUGCUUAGAAGAUUUCAUGAUGAAAUUUGAAGCUAUUAAUUUCUGCAAAAUUGAAAACUAUGAAGAGUUAAGAUUUAAAGGAAAAUUCCUUAAAGCAAAAGCAAAGGAUGGAUCUCAUGAGUUUGUGACAAGCAAAUUCUAUUACACAUUUGAUAUUGAAGAAGAUGAAACUACUAUGCACAUUGGGUUGCAUCAAGAAGAUGAAAGAAUAGUUGGAGCACAUCUAAGAAGAAAUAUGGAUUGAGGAUUCGUAGUUUUAAAAUAUGAAGAUGAUGAAGAUGCUUCCUUUUACGACUAUUGUGAAUUCUCAAGAGAAAGAGAAUUCUUUAAAAAGUUUAGUUUCGAGGAAGGAAAAUAUGCUGUUGUUCCACUGACUUCAGGAGCGUUGAUGCAGAAAACCUUGAAUGCUUCAAGUGCACCAAUUCCACCAAAAAUUGAAUUUGAGGAUACUGCAAUUCCUCAUCCAUAUUUCUCUUCUACUCUCAAUGAUAUUUUCAGAAAGCUUGACUUAGCUGUUAAUGGAUUGUUAUCUGCUGACGAAUUGAAUCAAUUUGGAAGAAUCAUCCAAGAGCCUUUGUUCAUGGACAUUAAACAGGAAGAUUUUGCAACUCAGACUUUUGAAAAUGUUAGCUGCAACCAUGAAGGCGUUUCUUUACUUGGUUUUAAGCAACUUCUUUUCAGAAAUUUUAAUGAUCAUGAAAUUACUGGCAUCUUACAUAAGCUAGGAUACGAUGAAGCCCUUAACUCUAUUAAAUCGAGAGUGUUCAUGCUCUCUUUCCAAGCUGAUGAAAAUCCUAUUACUAUAGACAUUCAUGAUAUUUUGGACAGUAAGUUCCAUAAAACUGCUUGGGAGCAUUUGCUGAACCAUCUCAAAGAAGAAGAAGGUCUUGGAGACCAAGGAUACGAAGAUGAUGACUACAGCUCAUUAGUCUAUAUCCAUCCUCAAGCAUACAGCUGAUCUUACAUGAUCGAGAAUACUUCUGAUGAAUUUCAAAAGGUGACUUUAGACUUGACAGAAUCUGAUAGUUGAUUAUUCCUCCCAACUAGUGGUGUAGCCACGAGAGUAGUUCCCCCAGGAGAGUCUAUGUAUAUCUGCUCCUUAGCAUGCGAUCCUGAUGCUACCAGUUUCAGUUAUACCUAUAAUAUUGAUACUGAAGAGGUUGAAGCUCCUGAAGGAUAUGAAGAAAAUGAUGAUAGUGGUGACAAUGAUGAAGAAGAAGACGAUGAUGCAGAUGAAUCAAGUGGAGAAGAUUCAGAUUAUUAA